AUGAAGAGCACUACAGCAAGCAGUAUGCAUGAAUACCUGCUGAUAUUGGAUACAGGCAGAAUUUUGCAACCUGCUCAGCGCCAAAGUCCCGCCCUCACAGAGCAUACUCCAAAUAGGCUAGUAGAAAAGACGACUGGCAAGUCAUUGUCAUCUCGACCAGCUAAGCCUUCGACUUCAAAAGCGAGUUUUGACUCGCGAAAGCGCCGAAAUAGCAGAAACCCAUCGGUCGCUCUGAAUUCAAUAGAAGAUCCGGGCUUCGUUCGCUUCCUUCGAGCACAUUCCUCCCCGCUACACCAAAGAGUCACCGCUGGAGGUCGAAUAGUUGCCAUGGAUCCUGUUGACAGACUCUUUCUCGUGGAGGGCAGGGGAGUCCCUGUUGACAGACCUUCCUCUCUCCUGGGGGACAUAAUAGUUCCUGUUGGCGGAACAUCUGCCGCCGCUCUUCAGAAUGCAUCCCACGAUUGGGAAAUUGCACCGCAAGUCAUGGUCAAUGAACCCACCAGUAAUGUACAGCCAAGUGAGCCUGUUCUUGAUACUGUUGAUGCGCAGGUUCCUCAGCCAACUGAGCAUUGGGGUUCCCAGUCUACCACGCCUGUCGAUAGCCCUCCUCGGCCUGCACAUGCGAACAUUACCUUCCCAUCGUCCCUGCUAGCCAACGAUCAAUAUGCACAGUCAAACAGCAGACAAAAUCAUACUUAUGCUCAUGGUGGUAUCUUCCCAACUCCUUUGUCACCCUACAUGCCCCCGGGGCAAUGGUUCCCCCCGGAUAUCUUCGCACCACACAUGCCCAUGGAUAUUCUUGAUCCCAUUUAUGCAAGCUUGAACUUGAACACAAACUCAUCAGCUAUUCGCCGAAUGUCGCCAGAUCGGCUCUUUCAGUCGCUCUUUCCGAUGACCGCGAUGCAUACUGCCCUUCCGCCAGGGCAUUUCUACCUUGCUGCCUGGAUGAGAUCCGAUGAUCACAGGACUGAAAGUUGGAGGGGGUUUGUUGAUAGCUUGGUAGAAGAAACUGCCGGCAACUCGAACUGGGUGGAUGGCCUGUAUCGUGACCUGCUGGCACUAUCUGACCCCAUUGAUCGAAUUAUCAGGGAGCUAGACCAGAUCAUCGCCCGCACACUGGAGACUCGUCCUCGAGAUCGAGACAUGAGAGUCUUGUACAUCAACAUGAGGCAGAUUGUCCAUGAAUCACGGAGGAGGCUUCAAACAUUCUCCAACACGGCACCUAAUAUGGCACCUAACACGGCUCCUAACAUGGCCCCUAACAUGGCGCCUAAUCUGGCGCCUGGGGUCAGCCCUCUCCACUUGCAUCCAUAUUCUGCUUCGACUGGAAUACCGCUUUACCAGUUUCCGUAUGCCCCUCAAAAUGGGUCUAUGAUAUAUAGACCUCAACAUAUCUCCGGAACAUUGAGUGAUGCAUCCAUGGGCACCGCUGGUUUGCAAGAUUUCACUCAGGCUCCCGGUGUACAACCGACUGGCACGGCAAAUUUCACCCCUUCUGGGCCGGACCAGAUAGAGAGUCCGUGGCCUAGCUGGUUCAAUCAAAACAUGUUGCCGAUUUUGAGCCAGCUAGGCCAUGACCAACGCAAUUACGGCACACCCGGUGGUCUUCAUGGAUCCAACAACGACUGGAACCUUGAGAGAGAUACAGAGCCUGGCAUUUUCGAUACUCCCAGUACCCAUGUCGACGGCACCCAUGUCAAUAGCAUGGAAGUCGGUGCUCAAACCAACGGGAUUGGAGUCGGUACUCAAGUCAACGGGAUGGAAUCGUUAUUGUUCGGGGAGCAGGCACACAAUCAUGGCGCGACCGGAAAUUUUCGGAGGGUCUGGAUCCUUGAAGAUUCUCGCACUCUUGAUGCUGCCAGUACUCAAGUCGAUAGUAGCCAAGUCAAUGGCACUUAUUACGAUGGUACUUUGAUCCAUGGUACCUAUGACAACGGAAUUGAAGUCAGUAUCUUCGACGGGCUCAUCGCCAGGAUGACAGAAUUACCUUCAAGUAUUAGAGAUCAGAAUCGGGUGGAGAGGGAGCAAGGGUUUCAUGACCGACAUCAUUUUGCUCCUCCACGCCCUUUUGACAAUACCGAAGAAGGGAAUCAGCAGAUGAUGGAUUCAUACGAAGAACCGACCGCGCCGCAUCGAUCGUCAUUGCCCUCGUCUCUGUCUUCGGAGGCCUGCUUCGAGCUACCGCCAUCGCCAAUGCCUGAAAGCGGUUUCUCUGACAAGUGGCGGCAAUACAGAGAUUCCGGUUACACCGAUGAUGGCGUUGAUGAGUGGCCCCAGCUGGAAGGUGACGCUUCGAUUGAGAGAUUGCGUGAGGACUGGCAAUCUCUCAGCGAAUCCAAGGGUGAGAAUUCCGAUGAUGUCGAGGACACCGGAUCUGAGGGUGGUAAGUCUUUGUCGGCGAAUGUUUACGAUGGGGAGUCGGGUAAUGAGCUUGGAGAUGAGGAUUCGACAGGUGAUGAUGUUGGGUCUGGUGGUACCCCGAACAACGAGCCAAACUUGUCGGGUGAAGACCAAGACGAACGCAGCCACCACCGAAUCAGUAAUCGAGAUGAGACCAUCGGCGCUGAAAGUCCUACCAACGGAAGCCAGAAUGACAAUGAUCAAAUGAGCCUAGUCCUCCUGCCGGUGAAUAUUCCCCACCAUCAACCCAUUGUGCAGCUCAGCACGGCAAAUGUCCAUGGUGAGAUUGCCCAGCCGGGUGGUUAUCAGCACCAUGAGGCUGAUACCAAUACCCUGGUAUCCAACACCGCUCAGGAAGGUCAAGAUGAGUCUGUGUCGAUGAGAGUAAUGAAGGGUUGCAUCAAGGCCUCGUCCUGUUGCUUGUCUGUGCGAAAGGGAUGA